AAAAUUAGAGUUGAAAUCAUUAAGAUGAAUAUAAUUAAUUUGGUUCUUACCUUGACAAUAAUUGAAAGUACUGCUGGAACCAAUGAAAGUGAACAUCGAUUUCCUGAUGACUUCAUUCUUGGAGUUGCUACGUCGGCUUACCAAAUUGAAGGAGCCUGGAAUGUUUCAAAUAAAGGUGAAUCGAUUUGGGACAGAAUGACCCACGAUAAGACACAGAAAAUUGCCGAUAGAAGUGAUGGAGAUACUGCUGAUAAUUCUUACUAUCAAUACAAAGAGGACAUUGAAUUAAUUCAACAGAUUGGAGCAAACGCUUACAGAAUUUCUUUAUCAUGGCCAAGAAUUCUGCCAAAUGGUUUCGAUAAUUCGGUCAACAGGGAAGGAAUCCAAUAUUACAACAAUGUAAUAGAUGAAAUGCUUGAGAAAAAUAUCACGCCGUUUGUUACAAUUUACCACUGGGAUUUGCCUCAAAAGCUCCAAUAUUUAGGCGGGUGGGAGAAUCCAGAAAUUUCUAAUUGGUUUGUCGACUACGCGAGAGUUGUCUUCAAUGAGUUCGGCGAUAGGGUGAAACAUUGGAUAACCCUCAAUGAGCCGAAUAUUUUUUGUAUCUUCGGUUAUCAUAGGACAGAUGCCCCUGGACUCGAUAAAUCGGGACGAGGAGAUUACACUUGUGGUCACAAUGCUUUGCUUGCUCAUGCUAAAACGUACAAAAUGUACCAAGAGGAAUUCAGAAAAUCGCAACAAGGUAAACUCGGAUUCGUAAUGUCGUUCGGUUGGGUAUAUCCACAAAACCCCGACGAUCCUGAGGAAGUGGCUGGAGCUAAAUUAUCAUGGCAGUUUUGGUACAGCUGGUUUUUACAUCCGAUUUUUUCUCAUAAAGGCGACUACCCUCGAGAUAUGAAGGACCGAAUCGCUAACUACAGUUCGGUUCAAGGAUUUUCUCGGUCACGAUUGCCUCAAUUCACUGAAGAUGAGAUAAAGUUGGUUAAAAACUCAGCAGACUACUUGGGAUUCAAUUUCUACUCAGCUCGAUACGAAACUAAAUUAACUGAUUACGAUAUCAAUAACGUAUCUUUUCAACACGAUAUUGGAAUGAUUCCAACUGCUAAAGCUUUUACCAAAGAUCGAUGUACUCCAUGGGCCAUGGCCAAAACGAUGAGACAUAUCAAUAAAGAAUUCACAAUUCCGGAAUUUUACAUCACUGAAAAUGGCUACUCGGAUGUCGGAGGUUUAAACGACGUGAAUCGAGCCGAAUACUAUCUUCUUCAUCUCACUGAAGUCACGAAAUUGCUUAAAGAAGGACUAAAUAUUCGCGGAUACUUUGCUUGGUCACUUCUGGACAAUUUUGAAUGGAGUUAUGGCUACACGCAAAAAUUCGGAAUUUUUUCCGUUAAUUUCACGGAUCCAAAACGAGCGCGAACUCCUAAGUUGUCGUCGAAACUCAUAACUCAAAUUUAUAAAUCUAAAAUUGUUCCUUUGUCUUUUUCAACUACCAUCAACAUAACAACUGUUUAA